CUCCGACCUCUUUGGUGUUCACCAUUUUUUAAAAUAACCUGAAGUGGAAGGUAAUUCAAAUUUUAAAAACAACUGUCAUUUUUAAUUAAAUUAUUAAUGAAUACUAUUAUUAGAGAAAUAAUAAAGCUAAAAAAAAUAUCCGGAAGAUCUUUGAAGGAUUUACUGGCACCUUUAAGCAAUCUUGGAUUUCAUUGUUACUACUCAUCAAAUGCCAGACCUAGUAAAUUACCUGAUGGUCCCGACCUCAAACAUUUUAUUUUGGGGUCAUUAUCCCAGAGCAAUAUUGAUAUGGAUGAAAAUGAACACAUUCCCUAUUUAAACGAAACCAACUAUGGCCUGAAUAGAAAAGUUUAUAUUGAUGUAUAUGGAUGUCAAAUGAAUGUAAAUGAUACUGAAAUUGUUUGGUCCAUAUUAGAGUCAUCAGGAUAUGCCAAGACAAAUAAUAUUCAAGAAGCUGAUGUAAUUCUUCUCAUGACUUGUGCAAUUAGAGAAAAUGCUGAAAGUAAAGUUUGGAACAAGCUAAGACAUUUGAAAUACAUGAAAAAGAAUCGACUUCAAUAUAAAAAGAAACCAUCAUUGAAAAUAGGUAUUUUAGGGUGCAUGGCUGAAAGACUGAAACAUCAGCUGGUUGAAAAAGAGCAAUCUAUUGACAUAGUUGCUGGACCAGACAGUUACAAGGACCUACCUAGGCUUUUGUCUAUUAGUGAAAAUAAUCAAACUGCUGUGAAUGUUAUGUUAUCACAAGAUGAAACUUAUGCCGAUGUUAUUCCCGUUAGGAUUAAUAAAGAUUCAGUAUCAGCAUUUGUUUCUAUUAUGCGUGGCUGUGACAAUAUGUGUACCUAUUGCAUUGUUCCUUUCACAAGAGGCAGAGAAAGAUCUAGACCAUUAUCUUCUAUUCUACAAGAAGUUGAGUAUUUAUCUCGACAAGGAGUUAAAGAAGUCACACUUCUAGGUCAGAAUGUCAAUAGUUACCGAGAUGUAUCCAUGGGCGUUGGAGACAGGGAAGAAACUAAAUUGGCUUCUGGGUUUAAGACAGUUUAUAAGCCAAAAAAAGGUGGGCUUAGAUUUGCUGAGCUUCUAGAAAAAGUUGCAGAAAUUGAUCCUCAAAUGAGAGUUAGAUUUACUUCUCCUCAUCCGAAAGAUUUUCCUGAUGAAGUGUUGGAUGUUCUUAUUUCGAAACCGAAUGUUUGUCUUAAUCUGCACUUACCAGCACAGAGUGGAAGCACGAGUGUUCUAGAGCGAAUGAGACGAGGCUAUUCCAGAGAGGCUUAUUUGAAACUUGUUGAUCAUGUUCGAACUAAACUCCCUGGAGUAACCCUGUCUUCUGAUUUUAUCUGUGGAUUUUGUGGUGAAACUGACAAAGAGUUUGCUGAAACAUUAUCUCUAAUGGAAAUAGUGCAAUACAAUAUUGCAUACUUAUUUGCUUACAGUAUGAGAGAGAAAACUACAGCCCAUAGACGUUUUGUAGAUGAUGUGCCUCCGGAUGUUAAAAAGGCUAGAUUAAUCGAAAUGGUGAAAGUAUACAGAAAAUAUGCAGACAAACUGAACAGUAACUUUGUUGAUCAAGAACAAACUAUAUUAAUUGAAGGGGUAAGCAAAAGAUCAAAUGAAUACCUUGCAGGAAAAAAUGAUGGCAACAUCAAGGUAAUUGUUCCUUCCGGAAGCAUCCCCAGUGGUCAUAAUUCAUAUAUUGAAAAGCCAAUAGAAGUUGGAGACUAUAUAACAGUAAAGGUGACUGAAGCUAAUUCCCAAGUAUUAAAAGGGAUACCGUUACAUCAUACUGCUUUACCAUCAUAAUUAUUGUUGUGAGAUGGCUAGAACUAAUUGAAGCUAAUAACUUAGUUUCUUUUAAAACAUGUAAAUUUGUGUACAUUUUAAACUGUAGUAGAAAUAUAUACUUGUUAAUAUUAUAUCAUUGAAGUUAUUUAAUUUUCAACAUUUUGUUAAUAAUGAGCGAUCUUUGGAUUUAUUAACAUGUGCUUGGCUCUAAAGUGAGUAUGAAAUAUUAUGUUAUUGUUUUUUUUUGUUUUUUUUUUUAAAGGAGUAAUAAAAGUAAAUAAUUUUGGUAUGGUC